GCUGAAGGCGAGGUCAGUGUGCAGGUGGAGGUCUAAUAACUACUGCUGCUGCUGCUGCCUUCCGCCUGGAGUUAUUUUAUUCUAGCGAGGAAACAAUACUGAAACUACCAACAUGCCUAAAUGCCCCAAGUGCAGCAAGGAAGUGUACUUUGCUGAGAGAGUAACAUCUCUGGGAAAGGACUGGCACAGACCUUGUCUGAAGUGUGAGAAAUGCAAUAAAACCCUGUCUCCAGGCUCCCAUGCAGAGCAUGAGGGAAAGCCUUACUGUAACAACCCAUGUUACUCUGCACUCUUCGGACCCAAAGGGUUUGGACGUGGAGGCACCGAGAGCCACACAUUCAAAUAAAUCCAGACUCAGGUUUCUUCCCUCUACAAUCCAACAGGGAAAAGUAGAACGCCAUGUUGCAAGCCUUUUUAUCUAUAUAUAGCUCAACCGAAGAAUAACGUGACCAAAACCAUAGCCUAGCGGUUAUGCAAAUACGAUUUUGUGUUCUGAGCAAUGAAGGCUUCCUUUUGAGAUCUAGACUAAGCCUAAAUUUAGACAGAAACUUAUUUUUUUACUGAUUAAUCUCCAUCAUUACAUUUAAUCUAAAACCAGUCUUAAUGCAAUGUCAGAAAUGAAGCCCAAUAGGUUUUAGUUUGGAGAAUGUCAUGUAGUUUGAUAAGCAUAAAACCAUGUAAUGAAAUUAUUUGGAUUAUUCUGAAGCACAGUACAAAAUCAGUUUUUGUUAUUAAACAUUGAGUUUCAAAAAUUUCA